AUGGAUUUUAUGCUGUUGAUCUUUUUAUCUGGGGUUUUCCUCCCACACAUUAUCAGUCGACAGCCCAUUGUGGAACAGGACCCUGGUAUGAUGCUUUCAGAUGAAGAACAGUAUUAUGCAGAUGAAGAAAAAAAAACAGAUGAGAAUUCUGUUGGUUUACGAAAAUCAGAAGAGAAUGAAGGCGAUGCUCCUACCAAUGAAAAAGCUGGCAAUUACUAUAAAGACAUAAAACAAUAUGUGUUCACCACACCAAGUGAGAAUUCUGAAAUAUCUGUGACUGCCACAACUGACGUGAAAUUUGCUAUGAAGAAGAAGAAAGCCGGCAAACCAACUGUCAGUGAAGAAGAAGAAAAACCUAAUGAACCCACUCGUAAAACCUCAACCCCCAAUGUGCCUGCAUUUUGGACAAUGUUGGCUAAAGCUAUAAACGAAACAACAGUGAGCAUGGAUGAUAAAGAUCUGUUUUUUCAACCAAUUCCAGCCUCUGAUUUGAACUCUACCAAUGAAGACCAACUGUCAGAGCUAGAGGAAAUCAAGCUCAAAUUAAUGCUGGGAAUCUCUAUGAUGACACUUAUUCUCUUAAUUCCCCUCUUGAUAUUCUGUUUUGCCACACUGUACAAACUGAGACACCUACGUGACAAAAGUUGUGAGAGUCAAUACUCCGUCAACCCAGAGCUGGCAACUCUGUCUUACUUCCAUCCCUCAGAAGGCUCCAAUCAAACAGUCUUAACGGAAGAGUCAAGCUUCCUCCCUCCUGACGAGUCAAGUUUCCUCCCUCCAGAGGAGCCCGGUAAAGAACUCAUCUUUGAGAGCAGCACUGUCCAGGCAAUGAGUGUGGUUGGUGAGGAAAUCCAAGGACCAGCUAUUGUUGAAGAAAGAAUCACUGAGUAA